AUGUGGGAAUGCCACGAUGGCAGCAACCAGAAGUUCUUCUUCGAUGGUCCGAAUAUCCGAACCAGGAAAGAUGACACCUGCAUGGAUGCAGCUGGGCCCAUUCGAGAAUUGGCCUUGCCAUGCCGAAAUGGGGAUGCGAGCGGCAUUCAUACAGUCCAACCGCAGAAUGGCAACAAGAUCUUCAUGAGCAGCUGCCCCAACAGCGACAGUCUACAGUGGCACUUCGGCACGAACAUCCGCAACAGCAGGCAGAUCACCGUCGGUGGUCGUUGCUUGGUCAGGUGGUGGAAUGAUAAUGAUAAUGUGGGGACAGGGAACUGCGAGGAGCAGCCCACACAGCUGUGGUACUUCAGCGGCGAGCAGUUGAUGACUGAGCAUGACGACAAAUGCCUGGAAGAAGCGCUAGACACCGGCAACCUGCGCAUGCGGGCCUGCAAUGGCUGGGGCAACCAGAAGUUCUACUUCGAUGGCGUAUAUCUGCGUAUGAAGCACACAGACCGGUGUUUGGACUACAAUGUGGAGACGCACAGUGCUUAUGCCGGCAGCUGCCCGUAUAUGGACAACCACCUCUGGAAGUUUGGUCCUGGUGAAGCCUUGGUGCUGCGAAAAGUUCCGCUGCCAUCCAGCUUCGAGCAUGGCCAGAGCCUUCGGGCCUCCUGCUGGUCAGAGCGCUUUACCUCCAGGCCACAGAACUUUGAGACCAUGAGCUGUGUGGCGGCGGCCUGGGUGAACUCCCAGAACAAGCCAGGUCUCGACGGCUUCGCCUGCACAGCCUGCAUCCAGGUGGUUUCCAAACGGUAUGCAGAACUCGACUCGAAGAUCAAGCAG